CGCGACUCGACCAAGAGGCAGAAGCAUAUGCUGUUGCGUCGCCCACACCGAUCCACCCUAGUGUCCGGAACAGCCACACGGCCCACGCCGGUGACCUCACCACGUCCCCACUACGCGACCGGGCAGCCUCGCGCCGCCGUGCCAUUCCGAAAAGUCCAAGCCCGCCCGCGCAGCCUCAUGUGAUCGUGACCCGUCACCUCCACCUCCACCACCACAUGCCUUCUCCUUCUCGUCCUCGACACACUCAUUAGUCAUUCCAACUCCCACCACCCUCCACCCCAAAGAUUUCUCCUCUCAGCUCAGGCGCGGCAAGGGAGAAGAAGCUAGAGCAGUGAGGAGGAGUAACAAAUUACAAGAGGAUGAUGGCGGCGAGGGGGGAGGAGUACCAAUACGGCCCGCGCGGGGCGCCGCACGGACUGCUGCUGGCGGUGGUGCUGGGCCUGGUGGUGGCGGGGCCGCUGUUCCUCGGCGACGGCGGGGAGGCGAUCACCGGCGCCGUGGCAGACCUCCUCGGCCCCGCGGGGCUCCUGCUGCUCCCCGUCGGCCUGAUCCUCGUCAUCCGCGUCCUCUCGUCGGACCAUGGCGCCGCUGCGCUCGCCAACGUGUUUACGUUCGGUGGGUCGCCCGACGCAGUUCACCGUGUCGGGGGAUCGCCGGUCGGGAUCGCGCUCCUGCUGCUGCUGAUCAGCGUGCUGCUGUACUACAGGUCCUCGCUGUUCGGCGGCGACGGUGGCGGCGACGAGUAGAGGUGUACUAGUAUACUGUAGAAUGUACAAGGGCGUGCACUGUGACCUUGGCGUUUUACUUGAAAGCUAGCUUCCACUACAACUAAUCCUACAAGGUGCUGCUUCGUUGCGAUUUGUAAAUUACGCUGGAUGGCUUUGUUCUGGUUUGGAAAUGUGAAGCUUCUGCUCUGUAUGAGUGCAUGUGUUCAAA